AUGAACAAAUCAGGACGCAGGCGUAUAACCAGAAACAGGGAAGUGAAGUCAUGCGAAAGGUGCAUCGCAGGUAAGCGAAAGUGCGAUAAAGACAAGCCCAAAUGUGAGCGUUGCACAAGACUUGGUAUCAUUUGUUUAUACCCAACAAGAGCUGGUCUCAAAAAGAGUGCUUUGGUAUCGAAUAGUUCAGAGGACAGCUCCACCCUCCACUUUCUCGUUGAAGCUAACAAUAAAACAACGAGCAAUAACUUUCAGAUAGUCACCAACCUCACUGGUGAAGUCUCAGUUUUUAUUCCUACAAAUCACUUUCCAUUUUACGGUCUGUUUUCAAAGUUGGACGAUACUUUCACCAUCACGCAAGGCAAUUCAGGUGUCAAUGAUGUUUUCGACUUUUCGAGGUUCACUACCAAAAUAUUGAGUCUUCGGCAGCUCAAAGCGAAAAUACCCGCGAAGGAACUUGGUGAUCAUUUCAUUUCUCAUUUUUUCAGUGAAAUCUUUCCUUUAGUUCCAAUUAUUGAUCGAGAUGACUUCUUACUGAAGUGGAAAACAUAUUGGGAGGAGCCAUAUUCUUUUUCAGAUCUGAACGCAUUGAUUCUAAUGUUUGGAGUGUUUUUUUCAAGCUGCGUCUCAAUUCAACUGAACUCUUUAUAUCAUGGGCCUCCAGAUUUUGCCAGUUCGGAUUUAGAUAGACAUAAAAUGGAAUAUUUCGAAUGCGUGGAAAAUAUAAGAUAUUUGCUGAAGACUGACAUUUGCCCUUCAAUCCCGGCAAUUUCGUCUUUGGGCUUGAUGUACUACGUAUCAUCUCUCAAUUGCUAUGGACUUGCUGCUGCCAUUUCAACUCUCCAACGUUAUUGCCAAAUGGCAGGUCUUCAUAGGAAAACUUCCCAACUCCCUGAGAAGCCAUUGAAGGAAAUAUUAUAUGGAUUUGUCACGUACCUUGAUUCGUUGGUAUCUGUCUAUCAUGGACUUCCAACCCAAGUCGAUCCUCGCGUUAGCGAAAUCACUGAGAUAUCAGAUGCACUACCUGAGAGUGUGCAUGUUUUAGCGUUUUUCGCUAGGUUUUUUAGUGCUAGGAUAUGUGCCCGUUCUAGAACGUCACUAAACAAGAUCAAUGGCCCGAGUGCACAUGACGUCAGGAAAUUGAAGAAAGAUUUCAAGAAAGUUCAAAGAGUAGUCAAGUCAAUAAAUGAGAAGAUUUCAGAUUCACAAUAUUUACCGACAUCUGAUAAGGAUUUCGUAAAGGCUGGAAACCAGCUGUUCCUUAGAAGAGCAGCGUAUUUCCUUGUUGUUAUGAAAAUCAUUGUCGAGACGAGCGAUCAAGAAAAGCUGGUGGAUCUUAGCUGUCACCACAAGGAGCUUCUCAUUCAGUCUUUACUAUUGAUGAAUGAAUCUUUCAUCCUGAUUUCUCAGUUACCGAACUCGGGGCGAGGCUGUCUUUGGUUUGCGAGAAACACGUAUCCACUUGAAGCCAUUCUUAUAGUAAUAUCAAACUUGGAAACUUAUCCUACUGAGGGCAUUAAUUUCUCUAAUUUGAGUCACAAGGAGCGUUACACAACUUGUGAUUCGAUUGAUUACAUUUCUGGUGAUAUACGUGCUACUUUAUUGGAGAAAUGCUGCGAUGCCCUGCAGCAAAUAGAGUGCCUUUGGCCACCUGUACUCCGUGAACUUUUUCGAAAAAUAGUUGAAAUAAAGGAAAGAACAUUGUGCAAAGGAAGAGGCUCUUGCGAUACAACUUGUUCCGCUGUUGUAAAGGCGAAUGUUGCUCAGUCGACCAGGUGA